UUCAGUGGCGUGUAUGUCUGUUUAAGCCACCAAAUCUUUAAGAUUUUUUUCUCUUAAUAUUCUACUUGAUUAUAAUUAGUUGUUAAUACUUGUAAUUGCUGGCUUAUUUGACUAUUAAAUUGGCAAUUUUGAGUGAUUUUUGUAUUGUAGUUAAAUCAUUUCUCUGAUUUUCUAUGUUUAAUUCUUUAUAUUUCUCUUACUUCUUGGAGGUCACGUCUUUGUCCCUUGUUUACUUUCAUUCAACAAAACUUUGUCUUCUCACCUUCUACCUCAGUUUAUAAUUUUCUUUUCUGGGAAAGUUUGUAUUUUUAGAUGUAAUUUGGUAUUUUUUUGAGUGAUGAUGCAAAAUAUGUCAAACAACUGGGACUGGGAUGGCAUAUUGAAGAUCAUUUAUGUGGUUUUUGCUUUCUGUGCUGCUCUUUUACUAGGCGCCCUAAAAGCUUUGCUGGUGGGUCCAAUUGCUGGUCUGAUAUUGAUUAUAGGAAAUGUUGGAGUUAUUCUGGGCCUUUUUCCAUUACAUGUUGCUUGGACAUUUUACACCAUAAUAAAAACUAACAGGUUUGAUAUACCACUCAAGAUAUCAAUUUUAUUGGGUUUGCCAGCUCUUGCUGCUCUUUGGCUGGCUUUGAGCAUAGCAGGAAGUGUUGUUGUGGGUGUUGGAUAUGGAUUUUUCACUCCUUGGGUUUCGGCUUUUGAAGCUUUCAGACAAGAGAAUGAAUCCAAGAAAUACAUACACUGUGUUGUGGAUGGAACAUGGGAUACUGUCAAAGGAAGCUGUACUGUUGUGCGCGAUUUUGCAGAUAUCUGCAUCCAUUCGUAUCCUGUUUACUUGACGGAGAUUCGUGAAUCUUCAAACUCUGAUGAACUUCAGACUCUAAGGUUUAUUCAUAUACCAGCGAUCAUAAUUGUUGGGUUGAUGGGCUUAAUAAUCGAUGUUCCUUCUUUCACUGCUAUCGCCAUAAUUAAAAGUCCUUUAAUGUUACUAAAGGGAUGGCAGCGACUAACACACGAUCUUAUUAGCCGUCAGGGGCCUUUUCUUGAAACAGCUUGUAUUCCAAUUGCUGGUUUGACAAUCCUCUUGUGGCCCUUAUUUGUUAUUGGAAGCAUUGUGUUAGCUAUCUUCUCGAGCGUUUUCGUGGGUUUGUAUGGCUCAAUUGUGGUAUAUCAGGAAAGAUCUUUCCGGAGAGGCCUUGCUUAUGUAUUUGCAAUGAUUGCUGAAUUCGACGAGUACACUAAUGAUUGGCUUUAUCUGAGAGAAGGGACUAUACUACCAAAGCCCCGAUACAGAAAGAAGCAGGCUUCUUACUCAUCAGAUGGUACUGUUGGUCACAAUCGUGUUCGUGGUGAAAGGUUCAAUGCUUCAUUGAUGGAAUCGCCUACUAUGCUUAUGCCGAGCUUAGGACCUUCUAGAUCAGUCAGGGAGACAAUACAGGAAGUGAAGAUGGUCCAGGUGUGGGGAAACAUGAUGCGUACAUGUGAAAUACAGGGUAGAGAACUUCUCGACGCUAAUGUCUUAACUCAGGCUGAUCUAAAUGAAUGGUUGAAGGCAAAGAACGGCCACGAAGCACCCAUAAUCGGAGUUGGUCUUCCUAGUUAUUCAUGUUUGUAUACUCUUCUGCACUCCAUCCAAGCCGGGGCAGAUGGUAUUCUGCUAUUUGACAAUGUGAUUAUCAACCAUGAAAAUAGACCCCAAGAUAGACUAGUAGACUGGUUUUUUAACCCUCUAAUGGUAUUAAAAGAGCAGAUCAAGAUCUUAAAAUUGGGUGAUGGUGAAUUGCAAUAUUUGGAAAGAGUUCUUCUUUUCGGGAGCCAUCCCCAGAGAAUGGAGGCCUGGGAAAAUGGCUGUGUGAUUCCCCAAGACCCUCUCAGGGCUGCUCAAAUUCAAGGCAUUAGCAGAAGGUACUGAAGUAAUUAAGUUGCUGCUUCCUCAGAACUCUGGAAUAUUCACCGUUGAUUUGAAACUGUCAGAUUGAAUUGAUCUAAACAACAUAUUUAAACCCACAUGAUAGGGAUUGGCAUCCUGGAUUAGUUGGCCAAGUCUUAACUGAAGCUGUCAAAUCUUUGUGAAUUUGUUUCCUCAGAAAGUUGAGUUCCACUCUGAAAUAUAUUCUUUUUUUUUCCAUUUUCUGAGCCUAAAUUGGAGUAUCGAUGUGUCCAUGCCCAUGCCCAUGUUAAAGUAUCAUUGAUCAAACAGGCACUUCAGAUGAAGUAAAGAAUCCAACAUAGUUCCUGCUGCAUUCCUCAUCUUACCGGCCAGUUGUAACUUCUUGUUAACAGUAGCCUUUGUAGUAUACUAGAUAGUUAUGUCAAAAUUCCAAAAAAAAAAAGAAUUACACUAUCCUGAAACACAAAGAUUUUGAUACCAAAUUAAGUGAUUGUUCUGAUUUCUCUGUU